CACUAGGUUUUUGCUUCUUUUUUAUACCGAGCCUUGCCGCGUCUUCCCUUGCCCUAUUUCCAAGAAGCUUCCUCCAUAGAGCUGGGUAAUCGGAGAUUAGAGAAGGCAGAAAGCUUCAGCCCAUUUGCGGCGAAGGAUUUGGUGGGGGAGAUCAUGUCGAUAUAAAUUUUUUUUUUCUUGGCCGAAGAGUACAGGUGAUUUUUUUUCUUUUGGCCGGACAUAGGUAUUACAUUAAGAUGAAAAUAAAAGGAUUACACACAGAUAGUUCCAGCAGUUUGGCUACCAAGGGAAACAUAAACAAAACAGACAAAGUGAACACUAAAUAUACCGUAUAGUAUGAACGCAUAAAACUUAAGGCUGUUGACAAGCCCUCCAAAACCAUAAUAAGAGGUCGGGUAUACUUGUGCAAAGGAAAGCAGUGUGCAUAUCCUCUAUAUGGGGAACUUUGACAAAGCUGAACAGCGGCACCAUCUGAAACUUUUGUUGCAACCUGAAUGGGUAAAGCAACAUAGGUGUUGUACCUCCAUGUCAUGUAGACAGCAUCAAGUUUAAAUGGAACCAAAAAAGGAAAGCAAGUUUUAUAAGCACAGAAUAAGGAUGAUAGUAGCAAUGAAUAGAGAAAACGUUCCUCAGUGUGAUAAGCCUGGAAAUGAAGAAAAAUCCUCAAGAGAGUUUAAGAAUCCAUGGAAAGAUUACAAUCUUGCUGCCUUGGACCUUUAACAUCUCUACUUUGGACGUACAACACCAUGCGACCACCUGCCAGCACACUACCAAUCCUUGAAUCCUCAUUGUCAUCAGUAACACCAAACCUACUCCUUAAAAUAUCGGUUGUAUCAGGGAAUAUGUAAGUAGGAGAUGAAAAUCUAUUUAUAAGUUCCACCUUAGAAUAUGAAAACUACCACCAAACCAGCUUCUAGACCCUAACACCUGCAUUAACUUCAAAUCCUUUAGGCACUGCCAUCCAGUCCAACAGCUAGAACUAGUGUGUUUCCAAACCUUGACACCAUGGAGAUCUCCCACAUCAAAACACUACCAACCAUUGGAGCCUAGAUGUGCUGCAGAAAGAACAAAACAGAAAUAUUCAU